CGCAAGGGUACAGACCUGGAAAUCAUCGGCCGAAACCUUACGGAUGAGCGGGAGUGGAAACAACAUCGAAAUUCACCAACUUUGUCAUUCUCGUCACAAUUGGACAGCCUGCUGUAUUUUGGGCAUAUCUCCAUCGUUUCUUCACGGAAUUGCAAACCGUUUUAUUCUGUGGAUUCCUAAGAUGAAUAGGACUCUCUCUUAUAAUCCUUAUAUAUAGGAACAUAUCUCUCAAUAUUCAAUAAGACAAAUUAUUAUCAAAUUGUAUCAUGGUAUCGGAGCCUAGGUUUAAACCCUAGCCCUUUUUUUUCGAGACUGUGCCUUCACCGCCGGUCUUCUUCCUCUCGCCGGUCGACCAUAAACGGCAACCAUGGCUCAAUUUUCAGAUCCGCUUGCUUCGCUUCCUUCUGGUGUCAAGCUUAUUCUCCGCAAUCUCCAUAAUCUUAUCCCAGAGAAGCUCACCGAUUCAAAUUAUCCUGCAUGGUCUCUCAAUGUCAAAACUGCUCUCGAGGCCAACCUUCUUCUUGGUUGGAUCGAUGGUCAUGAAGCUGCGCCUCCAAAAAUCCUAUCCAAGGAUGGCAAGGAAAACCCUAACCCAGAAUUCCAAACAUGGAUUGUGAUUGAUACUCAGAUUCGUGCAUGCCUUCUUCCCGUCAUCAGUCCGUCUGUUCACAAGCAUGUCUGCAACUUCACCACAUCUGCCGAUCUAUGGAACGCUCUCGCUGCCCGGUAUAAUUCUGUUUCUACCGCUCACAUCUAUCAACUACGGGACAAACUUCACACACUCCGAAAAGGUACAAAAACUAUCACCCAGUACCUUGAUGAAGUUGCCACUAUCCUCACUGAUUUGGAUGCUCUCAACGAGGUUAUUCCUGAGAGAGAUGUGGUGAAUGCUGUUAUCCGAGGCCUCCCUCAUGAAUAUUCCUCCUUCAAGCAAAAUAUACGGAUAAACAAUGAGAAUAUAAGUCUCAAUCAACUCUCUGGGUGGCUAACCUCUGAAGAAAUAAAUCUUGAAAUCGAGCAAAAAUUGAGUAUUGCAGAUUCCGCCUCCGGAGUUUCUCACUCUGCACUGUAUACAAACAACGGUCGAGGCCGCGGUCGAGGAGGACCGAACGGUCGACCGUUUUCUGGGCGAGGAUCUGGAUCCGGUCGCAGCGGUCGAAGCUACGGAAGGGGGGGAGGCCGCGGACCUUCACGCGAUCUUCCAGUAUGUCAGAUCUGUUCAAAGCGUGGCCACUCUGCUGCUACCUGCUGGUACCGCUAUGAUGAUUCUUCUACUGAGAGCAACUCGGCUACCAAUUCUCGUGUUAUGCAUGCAACCACAAGCAACCAAACUGGUGAUUGGUACCUUGAUACAGUGGACAACGAUACGAAUCUGGUGCAGUACACAGGCCCCUGUGAGCAUGGUCUCUAUACCCUUCCUUCCAAGCCUAUCCCUGUUGUGCGUCAAGCUGUCACUGCAUCCACCUGGCAUCGCCGGCUUGGACAUCCGGCUCCUGUUGUUUCCAAGUCUAUUUUGUCUACUUUAGGGUUUAAAUUUUCUGAUCACUUACAUUGCAUCAAUUACACCAUCUCCUCCUCCUCCUCCUCCUCCUCAUCCCAUCACCACCGCUACCAGCCUUUCAAUCAUAAUAACCUUCUCUCCUGCACCCGCCCGAGAGACCAGCAAGAAGAACAUAUUCCCCGCCGGCGUGUCGUGUUGAAGGACGUCAGCUGCCGCGCCAAGCCGUGGGAAAUCCUCUCCAUCGUCGGCCCCAGCGGAGCCGGGAAGUCGUCUCUGCUCGAGAUUCUCGCCGGGAGAAUCCGGCCCGACACGGCCUCCAUCUUCUUGAACCGGAAGCCGGUCGAGCCGGCCCGGUUCAAGAAGCUCUCCGGGUACGUGGCCCAGAGGGACACCCUCUUUCCCCUGCUGACAGUCGAGGAGACCCUGACUUUCACCGCCAGGCUCCGGCUCGGCCUGCCCCGUCCCGAGCUGAAGUCGAGGGUGAGCCUCCUGAUUCGAGAGCUCGGGUUGGGCCACGUUGCCGGAGCGCGCGUCGGAGACGCCGAGAGAAUCCGGGGGGUUUCCGGCGGAGAGAGGCGGCGCGUGUCCAUUGGGGUGGAGGUGAUCCACGACCCGAGGGUUCUGAUCCUGGACGAGCCCACGUCGGGGCUGGACAGCACUUCGGCUCUGCAAACCAUAGACAUGCUGAAGCUGAUGGCGGAGACCCGUGGCAGGACCGUAAUUCUCAGCAUCCACCAGCCCGGAUUCAGAAUCUUGAAGCUCUUCAACUCAAUCCUCCUCCUGGCCCACGGUUCCGUCCUCCACCGCGGAACCGUCGACCAGCUUACCGCGAGGCUGCGCCUCAUAGGAUUGCAGCCCCCUCCCCACGUCAACGCCCUCGAGUUCGCCAUGGAAUCCAUCGACGCCAUGCUUCAAGAACAAACCCCUCAUCCCGAAACACCCAACCAAACCCUUCGAGAGCUCUUCCAACAAUCAAAGGUUGUCGACGAGGAUGCCCCCAUUGUUGCCAACGAUCCCGAUCAUUCCGUUCACGGGUUCCCGAAUUCUUGGACGACGGAGACGGUGAUCCUAACGCACAGGUUCUGGAAAAACAUCUACAGAACGAGAGAGCUUUUCGCUUUCAGGAGUGUUCAAAUGCUGAUCUCCGGUUUGGUGCUGGGCUCGAUCUUCUUCCACCUCGAAGACGACUUAAUCGGGGCAGAAGAAAGGGUGGGACUCUUCGCGUUCAUAUUGACAUUUCUUCUGUCGAGCACGACAGAAGCUCUGCCAAUAUUCCUCCAGGAAAGGGAAAUCCUGGAGAAGGAGACGUCGAGCGGGACCUACAGAGUAUCCUCAUACUGUGUAGCCAACGCGCUCGUCCACCUCCCAUUCCUCCUCAUCCUCUCCCUCCUCUUCUCCCUCCCACUCUACUGGCUCGUGGGGCUAAACCCCUCCGGCGCGACACCCUACCUCUACUUCCUCCUCAUCAUAUUCCUGAUCCUCUACACCGCGAACUCCGUCGUGGUGUGCUUCAGCGCCCUCGUCCCCAACUUCAUCAUCGGAAACUCGGUCGUCUCCGCGGUGAUGGGAUCCUUCUUCCUCUUCUCGGGAUACUUCGUGUCGAAGAGCGGGAUACCCGACUACUGGAUCUUCAUGCACUACAUGUCCCUCUUCAAGUACCCGUUCGAAGGGCUGCUGAUCAACGAGUUCUCCGGGUCGCCGGAGAAGUGUCUGCAGAGGGUGUUUGGGAAAUGUGUGGUGACCGGAGAGAAGGUGAUGAAGGAGGAAGGAGGGUAUGGAGAAGAACAGAGCAGAUGGAGGAAUGUGGUCUUCAUGGUCUCUUUCAUUUUGCUUUACAGACUCAUUUCUUAUGUUAUUCUCAGGUUUAGGUGUUCCCAUGGACGAGGAGGAGGAGGAGGAGGAGGAAGAAUCCGCAUAGAUUUUCUUCACAAUACUUUUAAGACCAAUCCCUGAACCACAGCCAGCUCGAUCUCUCUUGCCUGGACGAACGGAUAUUAGUUUUGCUUUAUUGUUGUAAAAGCCAAAUAUAAUACCGGAGGAUAAUUAGCUGGCACUCCUCAUUAUAUUAUGGAGUAAUAACUUAGGACCGUUUGUAAAGCCAGAAAAUGGUUUUUAGAAAAUGACUUUAAGAAUAUGAGUUAUUUUCUUGAAAUCAUUUUCAUCCUUUUGGCCUCAUUAUGGAAUAAUAACUUAGGACCGUUUGU